CCAGAAAACAACAUGGCAGCUUCAGUUUCAAGAAGUUGUCUGCUCUGUUAUAGAUUUAACAAAUUUGAGAAUAUUAUUGUUUCUAGGCUCAGAAUAAAUCAAAGUGUAAAAACAGGAUGUCAAUUCAGCACCUCAAGACAGAUAGCCAAGCAGAUCCCCAAAUCCAACCGUUUAAAUUUAAAAGACAAUCUUUCCAUGCAGUACAGAAGUUUUAUAAGUCGAAAAAACAGAGAAGAAACGAUAAAAAUAUCUCGUCUAAAACAAAACAACUUAGAGUCAAAUGAACCAUCAAGAUUUUCUCAACUUAUCAGGCCAUUUGGCUUUACAGUUCUAGUGAGUUUAGAAGGCUUGUGGUAGCAGUUUUGUUGGUGCUAUGAUAUGGAAUUAUGAAAAUAUAAGAUACCAUGCCAAAAAAAUGAUGAACCAUGCGGAAGAGCGAAAAAUACAUUUUCAGAAAACUUUUAAGAAUUAUGGUUUUAGAGAGCAUGUUAAUUCAAUAUGGAAUCAGAUUUCACCUGGUCAGAAGUUAACUUAUGGUAUAGUUUGUUGUAAUUUAGCUGUAUUUUUAUUAUGGCGGGCUCCUAAUUUACAUUCAUUUCUUCUUAGAUAUUUUGCUUGUUCAACAGGUAAACCAGCUAUGUCGAUGAUUCUCUCGUCAUUUAGUCAGCAUAGUUUCAUGCAUUUUGCAGUAAAUAUGUAUGUACUAUGUUCUUUCGCUGGUGUAGCUAUACAAUUAUUAGGAAAGGAACAGUUCUUAGCAGUUUACUUAAGUGGGGCAACUGUAUCAUCUAUGACUAGUAUUUUGAAUAAAUUUAUGAGAAAACGUUUUUUUCCAUCAGUUGGGGCUUCGGGAGCCUUGAUGGCUAUAUUAGGAGCAAUAUGUUAUAGUUACCCUGAUUCCAGACUUAGUAUAGCUUUUGUUGGUGAUAUUAUACCUCAUUCUUUCUCCGCUGAUAGUGGGAUGAAAGGAAUUAUCUUAUUAGAUUUAGUAGGACUUGUUAUGGGAUGGAAAAUGUUUGAUCAUGCAGCACAUUUAGGAGGCAUAUUCUUUGGAAUCUGGUACAUGCGUUAUGGACGAGAAUUAAUAUGGGGUAAAAGGCAAGAGGUGAUGAAAUUCUGGCAUGAUCUUAGAGGAAAUCCAUGAUUAAAACCAAACUUAGACACUAAUUAUCUUUAAAUCAAUUUUAGAUUCAACAACAAGUGCUAAACCCUCAACCUGGAAUACAUUACUCUAGCGAAAAACAUUGACGUGAAACAUUAUGGGUUAUCUUCUCUUCUAAUUGUAGUACUAUUUGAUCUUUAAGCUUCACAUUGCCAUGACUUCGUUGACUAAAACUAUAACUACAGUCCAGAUUCUUUUAUUGUAUAAAAACUUAUAGCGUUAGUCACUAAUCUUCCUCGUUCUCAAAUAAGUAUAUGGCUGAUAUGACAGGCGGUGUGAGUUCUGUCGAAUGUUAUCCCCCCACUACCUAAUGGUUUGCCCAUAGACUGACCACAGUCCUAGAUUCCAAAUAUGGAGUAGACAUGCCCCAUACCUUGCACUCUGGUAGGGACUAACACUUAUUACUAAAUUUGGUCAACAGACAUGAAGAUGACAUAUGACAAAUUAACCUUUAGUUCAAUUCAUGUAGAUUUCUCUUGUUUCAGGUGUUAUUUUGCUUGUCUAUAAAUCUAUAAACAAUUAUUAAUUAAGGCCAUAAUAUUACCACAUAAUAUUACUACAUAAUUCUAACUUUUAUGAUAUAAGGACAUUUGAAAUUACCUUAAUUCUAAUAUAAUAUGAAUACUGGUAUAGUGCUAAUUCCACACUUAAAGUAUGCUACAAUGUUUAUAUUAAACAUACAUUAUGGGAGAUUAGAUAAAGAGCUGGCAGUUCUCACUAUAAUAGUUAAAAACUACAUAAUGUAAAGGGAAUUUCAAUCAAAUUGAUCCACUCUGAACCAAGAUUUUAGCAAUUGAAUUUUCGACAAAGCCUUGAUCAUCAUUACUAAAGUCGGUACGAUAAAAAAGACAUAGUCUUGAUUAUCCAUUUCAUGAUUAAAUCAUGAAUGAAAGUUGAGCAGCAAAUGGGAUCCAAAUCCAGUAAAUAUCGCAGGCUAGUGUUGACAUCGAGAGAUGAUGAUGGUCUGGAUAAGUUACUUAAUGUCCAAUUAAUAAUUUAGAUAACAUUUCAGGCCUAAAGAAAGACCUGCAAUAGGCAGAUUCAGCUCUUGUAUAAUGUAUGUUUAAAUAUAACGUUUAAAUAGCUAUGUUUUGUAUUGUCUGGAUUUAAAGAAACUCAAUAGAAGGAGCAAUUUUGAUGAAUUCUUGAAAAUUGUUCCAUUUUGAUGCAGCAUGAAAAAUAAAAGCUCUUGUGCCAAA